AUGCCUGGUCGACAGUGGUAUAACGCUUUUCGUCGUCGUCAUCCACAAAUCAGUGAGAGAAUUGCUCAGAACCUUACAUACAGUCAAGUUGGAGUGUCAAAGGAAAAAAUCAGAGCCUGGUUUCAAGAAGUAAAAGAUAAUCUUCCCCUGAAUCUUCAAAUAAUUGAUAGUUCCCGAAUUUUCAACCUCGAUGAGUCAGCUUUCAAGCUUAACCCAAAAGGAAAUUCAGUUCUUGCUACCAAAGGUAAUAAGACUGUCUACAAUAUCGUAGGAAACGAUAAAAAAGAAUGUUUAACAACAUUAAUUUGUGGAAAUGCAGCUGGACAAAUACUUCCACCAAUGGUACUAUUUCCAUAUAAAAGAAUUCCGCGUAAUAUUGCCACCAGCAUGCCAAAAGGUUGGGGGAUUGGUUGCUCUGAUAGUGGGUGGAUGACGGCAGAAACCUUUUAUGAGUAUAUAUCCAAUGUAUUCUAUCCGUGGUUAUUAAAAAAUGAAAUCACAUUUCCAGUCAUUUUAUAUCUGGACGGCCACGCUUCUCAUCUGUCGUAUCCACUCACAAAAUUCUGCCGGGAAAUGAAAAUCCAGUUAGUUGCUUUUUAUCCUAAUGCGACUCACAUUCUCCAACCAAUGGAUGUCGCCAUGUUUCGACCUUUAAAAGCUGCCUGGAGUCAUGAGGUUCAAGAAUGGAAAAUGGAGCAUAAUGGCGAAUCAUUAAAACGCGAAAACUUUGCUUCGAUUUUGGAUAAAUCUUUGAAGACGUUGAACAUCAGCGAAAUUUUCAAAAACGGUUUCAAAUCAACUGGCUUACAUCCUUUUUGCCCUGAUGCAAUAAAUUACAAAAAAUAUUUUGAUUCAUCUGUGUUCAGUGAACAGGCCCAGCCACGAUAA